CGUAUGACAUGAGGCUGGUCUAGUCGGUUAUGACAGGCCCAUCUCGAGACCCGACCGUGUUACGUCACUCGACUACGAUGCACACACCGCCACUUUAUCUCUCCAAAACCCCUAUUUCCUUCUUCCUUACAAACCCUAAAUCAAUUUACAGGCAACAAACCUCCUCCAUGUUAUUAUAAUCUGUUUUUGGUUGCAGAAAGCGAUUCAUCCUGCAAUGGUUGAGGAGAAGGAGCAGCAACGCUACACCAAACGACGCCGUCUUGCAUGGGAUGUCCCUACACAGCAAGAGGUUGAUUGUGUUUAUGUUUGCAGGGUCAAGUGCGGCAGCAGCCUGUGUUGUGUCGCCACAACUCGCCUCCAAAACGAGAGGAUGAUCGAGAGGGACAUUAUACGUAUACUUUAGGGGAGAAUCUAACUCCACGAUAUAAAAUACUAAGCAAGAUGGGUGAAGGCACAUUUGGUCGAGUUUUGGAGUGUUGGGAUCGCCAAACCCGUGAAUAUGUAGCUAUCAAAGUAGUCCGGAGCAUAAGAAAGUAUCGUGAUGCUGCAAUGAUCGAAGUUGAUGUGCUCGAACAGCUUGCUAAGAACAAUAAAGGCAGAUCACUCUGUGUGCAAAUCAGGAACUGGUUUGAUUAUCGCAAUCAUAUCUGCAUAGUGUUUGAGAAGCUUGGACCGAGUUUAUUUGAUUUUCUAAAGAGAAAUAAAUACUCCCCGUUUCCCGUGGAUCUUGUUUGGGAAAUCGGACGUCAGCUUUUGGAGUCUGUAGCAUAUAUGCAUAGUUUACACUUAAUCCAUACUGAUCUGAAGCCGGAAAAUAUACUUCUUGUGUCUUCUGAUUUUAUAAAGCUUCCGGGGCACAAGAGAAAUUCACAGGGUGAAAUUAGUUAUAGGUGGUUGCCAAAAUCGAGUGAGAUUAAGCUGAUUGAUUUUGGCAGUACUGCUUAUGAUAAUCAAAAUCAUAGCUCCAUUGUUUCUACAAGACACUACCGAGCACCUGAAGUUAUUCUAGGACUUGGAUGGAGUUACCCGUGUGAUAUGUGGAGUGUGGGGUGUAUACUUGUUGAAUUAUGCUCGGGCGAAGCUUUGUUUCAGACUCACGAGAAUUUAGAACAUCUGGCAAUGAUGGAGCGAGUAUUGGGACCUUUACCGGAGCACAUGAUUCGAAAAGCAAGUCGGGGUGCUGAAAAAUACUUCCGAAGAUCAAGAUUAAACUGGCCGGAAGGUGCUGUCUCUAGGGAGAGUAUUAGAGCAGUAAGGAAGCUAGAUCGGCUCAAGAAUAUGAUAUCACAGUGUGUGACAGUUGGAGGAUCAAGAUCAUACUUUGUUGAUCUGCUACACGGUUUAUUGAAGUUUGAUCCCGCAGACCGUCUCACCGCUCAACAAGCUCUUGACCAUCCAUUUUUCAGAAACAGUCCUGCAUAAGCUGACCGCAGUUUUCUGGUCCUUAUGAUUCUGCAACUGAUGAUGAGCCUCAGAGCAGUCGCGGUGACAUGGACAAUCGAGUGAUCAUAGACGAGAUGAUCUUGCUGCACGCAUGGCGUAGUCUAUCUGGUUUAAAGAUGAUAUAAUCACGGUUUUGAUAACCAGUGUCUGUGCGUAACUAUCAUUGUGUUGAUUAUAUUUUUAGGGUUUCAUGUUUUUAUCUUUGAACUGUAGUUGUUGUAGACUUUGUUCAUGUUUAGAAAAAUAUAAGAAAUUCCAAACUUGUAUCUAGCAAGUGUUUUUUUGACCA